AUGAUGUCGAUUCCGUGUAUACUAACUUUCGUUCUGAUAGCAGUUUCUUCGACGGGGUAUACACACGAAAUUCCGGAGUGCCCUGAGAGAAAACGCGCUUUAAGUGAAAACCUAAGAGACCAGUUAUUCUCGGGACUCCUGGCUCAAAAACUCAACUUGAAGUACGACUGUGGUUUGGAAUUGAAAGCCGCACGUGUUUUGGAGCGAAAACGUCCUGAAGGAAAAGCUAUGGAAACUCUGUCUAAAAAGAACUCCCGCUUAUUUUUCGAAAUAGAAGAGGAGCCCGAUAUUAGUGUAGCAGUCAUGACUAAAGCAGCUUUAAAUACAUGGAAAAAUUACACUUCUCUAUUGAGUUCUCGAGAACGCGUCGGCUGUAACUACGUUUUCGAGAAUAGCAAGCACAAGUACAUGUGCCUUUUUGAGUGA